GAAAUGCGCCUUGAAAUCUAUCUGUAGGGCGUGACAGAAAUAAAAUGGCUGUAACUACAGCACUAAUCGACAAUGUCAAGUGAUACAGUGGCACAGCACUUGAAUACUGUUAAAUAUAUUAAUAAUUUCUUAUAAAUUCAGCAUACAUAUUUUACCCACUCUAAUUCAUAAAUUUGUUGUAUCUAAUCAUGUUAAAUGACGUACCAAAAAAAUUGUUGCGAAGCUCGGAAACCACUGAGGCUGAUGUUCGUGAAGAUGAGGAACAAACAAAGAGGUUUCAAGACAUCAUCGACCUGCUUUCGGUAGCAGGGUAUUUUCGAGCUAGGAUAAAAGGUUUAUCGAAUUUUGAUAAGGUAAUCGGUGGGAUGACUUGGUGCAUAGAAUCUUGUAAUUUCGAUGUAGAUAUUGAUUUACUAUUUCGUGAAAAUCUGACGAUAGGUCAAAAAAUAUCUCUGACUGAAAAAAUAGUGGCCAUGUUACCUAAAAUGAAUUGUCCAUACCGAGUAGAACCGCAUCAAAUUCAAGGUUUAGAUUGUAUUCAUAUCUUCCCUGUUAUUCAAUGGCUGGUGAAACGGUCAAUGGAAACGCGAGAAGAAACAGCCGAUUUUGUCCGAUCGUUUGCUUUAAAUCAGUUUCAUAAAAGACAUUCCUUUUCGGAGGAUCCGGGUACAACGAAAGCGGCUAAAGAAAAUCUGAUAAAAAACAUUCACUUGGUGAAAAAAUCAUACGAACCCCGACGCCUUUUCAAGUAUAAAGGCGAUUCUGCCAGAGAUGAAUCUACUAAAUUUCUAGGCACUGUUUUAGAAUACGAAGCGCCUUUAUAUUCUAAAAACAUCACUGCAUCGUCGCCUGAAACUGCUUCGGCUAGCGAUUCUAAAGAAGAUAAAAGUACAAAAGAAUUAAAAGAGAAGGAAAACACCGAACAAGUAGCCGGAAACUUGACUGCCAUCGAGGAAAGUUCGGCACGUUUAAACGUAACCGCAGUAGGAAACAUUGUUGGUAUUCAAGCUCAAGAGAUUGCCAAAGCAGCGGAAAAGUAUGCAACGAUGUCGAUUUCUGAAACGGAGGAAAGUAAAGGUACUAACGCGGCAAUAAUCGCACUAGAGAAACAAAAAGCGGCACUCCAAAACAGAUUACGAAAAUUGACGAAAGAGAAAGAAGGCUUAACUGCUAAGCUUGCAGAAUCAACUGAAAAAUUGAACGAAUCUCGUGCGAAACGACAAGCUAUUGAGAGUUCGUUGAAGAAGGCGCAGGAAAUGGGAAUCAAUGAAAACGAUAGCAUUUACAAGCGUUUGGAAGAACUUCUUUUAGUUCACGAUGGUUUGAAGGAGCAGGAACAUAAUUUUCGGGAGCAGUGUAAAUCCGAUUUGAAUCUUCUGCGAGGUAAACUUCAAGAAACUGAAAGUGGUACUUCAGAAGAGGAAGAGGAUCGGUUGAAAGAGUACGAGGAACAGAAAGAAGCAGUUACGAAAGCCAGGUUGCAAUUAGCCAAGAAGAAUAGAGCUAUCGCUUCUUUAACCAGACAGCUCGACGAUGUUCCUGGUCGUUCCGAGCUUACUCAAUAUCAAAGACGAUUUAUGGAGCUGUAUAAUCAAGUUUCGGCCAAACAUAAAGAAACAAAACAAUAUUAUACAUUGUACAAUACACUUGAUGAUACGAAACUUUAUUUAAGCAAAGAGUUAUCCUUGUUAAAUUCCAUUCAAGAUAAUUAUAAUGAAGCAAUGGCAUCAGCAAGUGGCAAGGAACAAUUUCUUAAACAGUUCGAAGCGAUCGUUGGAGGCGUGAAGCGCAAUAAGGCGAAGGUGGAAAAACGAUGCGCGGACGAGAAAAAUAGAAGAGAUGCUCUUAGCCGGCAAUUGGUCACGCUGAUAGAGCAACAACGUAAAUACGUUGCUGCGGUCAGGCAACUUACUAUUGAAUGUCGUAAAAAUGAAGCCUUGCUCGCUCAACUACGUGGAAUGGAUGCAUCAUCCGACCGGAGUAAUUGCGCUCAACGUUAAGAGCAAGACUGCGAGGAACAACCGAGCUAGCGAUACAUAUUCGCGAGGAUGAGAUGGUUUUAUGAAAUUAAAGAAUGUGAUAUGACGUGGUACUGCUCCUUCCUCCCUGUUUGUUGUAAUAUUUCUAUCAGAAUAUCGCAUAAACUUAUUGAAUGA